AUGGCCCAAGAUACAGAAGUUCCACGCGCCUUUAUUGUGCUUCGUCCUAUAGCCGAUGACUCUCAGGAAAUUGCGGAUGAUAUCCAAGACUACGUCAAGCAGCGCGUGUCAGAUCACAAACAGCUGCGUGGUGGUGUCGUCUUCGUGGAAGCCGUGCCUCGACUACUGUCAGGCAAAGUGUGGCGGGCCAAGCUGAAGGAAAUGGUAGCAAUCCAUUGA